GCAAGCAGGGGGAUUCUGAGCUAAGCCUCCCGUCUAUUGCAUAACCUCAAAAAGCUAUAAGCAAAGUACCAAAGGUGCGCUCCGCCCGGUGACUCAGAAAGAAAUGGGUUUGCGCUUUGAAGUGAUGAGGUCGCAAAGAGGGAAGUAGGGCUCCUAUUGAAAGGCUUUCCCUCCCUAAAAAGGCGACCAGCUUUCAAUACUGUUACGUUACGUUGCCAUUUUUCCAAUAUCAUUGAAUAGCAUGGCCUACCUGGGGCUAAGGUCACUCAAGUGGGAGAGCCGUGUUAUGGUGACCUUAUUGCACGGUUCAGAGAGAACUUGUGUAUGUGAUGCAAGUGAACAUGUACGAAAAAGCUGUAUCUAGGGUGAGUUCUUCGUUCUGUCGUCGACCCUAUCUAUGUUUCUACGAUGGCCCAAGAACACGCUCAUUCUUCAGCCGUAGAGAGACUUUUGAAUUGCGAGGUACCAUUACGAGCUCAAUAUAUACGAGUGUUAUUCCGUGAAAUAACUCGAAUUUCAAAUCAUUCACUUGCUUUAACUACUCAUGCUAUGGAUGUGGGAGCAUCAACUCCGUCCCUGUGGGCUUUUGAGGAGCCGGAGAAAUUGUUGGAAUUCUAUGAAAGAGUCUCGGGAGCCAGGAUGAAUGCCAGUUUCAUACGACCAGGUGGAGUGGCACAAGAUCUGCCUCUUGGCUUAUGUCGAGAUAUUGAUUCCUUCACACAACAAUUUGCUUCUCGUAUCGACGAAUUAGAAGAGAUGUCAACCGGCAACCGUAUCUGGAAACAACGAUUAGUGGAUAUUGGUACUGUCACUGCACAGCAAGUAAAGGAUUGGGGAUUCAGUGGUGUAAUGUUAAGAGGUCGUGCGACAUGAAGACAUUGAUAGCAAUAUGGGGGGAGUUCCCAUCAGGCAACAACGGUUCUGCCUGACCCUACUUAAGCUGCAUAUUCUGUCAGUGAAGACUUGGUGUGAAGCCUUGGAGCUUACGUUAGAAGAGAAAAAGGCCCGGGGCUAGGGUGAGCUGAGGGGGGACAGCGUAAGUGAGCGAAUGUGUGUAAGCCCAGUCAAACAUGAAUGUUCUAGGCGGGGCGGGCCACCCACCUUCGAAUGGUGUUGGUCCUACGGACCGUGAAUGGAUUCGCCUCUGGCCUCGGGGCACGUCGGAACCGCAUGAGUUCACCGGGGUGGAGCACAGUCCGCCAAAAUCGACAUAGGUUAGGUGCUAUUGAUGGAACGUGGUAAGCCUAUCUUUCUCCAUAUGGAAGUGCUGCGGGCAUAUAGAGAUGUGGGUAGAGGAAGUCUCAAAAAGCGAAGGCCGAGCUGUAGGUCACGUGACCUACAUCGAGUUGGUGGCUGAUUGGGCUUUUUCAUUGAUCAAAGCAGAUUAGCUCGCCGCCUUCUUGUUUUCAAAAAGUAGGUCGAAUCGGGCGGG